GGGCCCUCCCUCCUCCAAGAGCCUCAACGCCCUCAGCCCUCAGAGCUCUGGCCACAGCCUCUGGAUGAGGACAGGGAUGGAGCACAAGGUGUCCCCCCCUGCCCUCCCCCCUGAGGUGGACACAGCGUUGGCUGCGCGGCGCAGGGCCCUGGUGGCCCUGGUGGCCUUGGCCGAGGCCUUGGGGACACCGGACAGCGUCCCCGCUGCGCUGGCCGAGGCCGAGGCUGCCCUGGGCCAGGCCCAGGAGGCUCAGAGGGGUCUGGAGAGGGCCCAGGAGGCUGCGGUGGCCCCGGCGGUGGCCCUGGGAACCCUGGGGGACGAGGACGAGCAGUGGCUGCGGCAGCUCGGGGCCGUGGCCAAGGCAGCGGCGGCGGCGCUGGAGCGCGAGGAGAGACGGGCACGGCGGUGCCAGCGCUGGCUGCAGGCUGGGCACGGGCUGGCCGUGGGGCUGAUGGUGCUGUGCGGGGCCGUGUUGUCCCUGGACUCGGCCCGCGCCGCCCUGGGGGUGAGCGAGGACAGCCACCUGCUGCUGGCCCUGGCCGCGGUGGCCGUGUCCUGCGAGGUGGCCUGGCGGGGUCUGGGGACAUCACGGCGUCACCUGGCCACCGCCGCGAGCCACCAGCGGGACAUGGCCCUGCGCCUGCGGGACCGUGCCCGGCGGGUGGCAGCCGCCAGGGCCAGCGCCGAGGCCGCUGCGGCCACCAACGAGGCCACUGCAGAUGUGCUGGGGCGGCUGGAGGAGGUGACACAGGCACUGGGGACGUUGGUGACCGCUGUCACCCAGGACAGGGAGGUGACACCUUGGGGGACACAGGGACAGGGCUUCCCCAGAGCUGCCCGGGCACUUGGGGACAUCCUAGUGGGCUUGGGGACAUUGCGUGAGGGGCACGAGGAGGUGACGCUGAGGCUGGAGGCAGCCCAGAGAGCGCUGGUGGGGCAGGGAUAGGGACAGGGUGGGGA